AUGCGCCCGAAAUUUGUUCGUGUUGCUCUUAAAGGCUCUUCAAGAAACAAGCUAUAUAGGAAAGUACGACAGGCGGUUGCACCAAGUGGCUGUUUUCGUUGCCCGACUGAUGAACGCGUCCAUAAUGCCUUUAGUCGACUAUCUGAGGGUGAUAAACUAGGCUGCGAUUUACCACGAUAUUCGCCGGCGGUUUCCCCGAUCCCUGUUAUCAGGACUUUGGAGCCAGAAAGACAUUCACCACUGCGGUCCCUGGAGAACCUUUCGGUUCCUGCGUUUUGCCAUAAGGUAGCCCACUGCAAGUCGUUGAAAGGAUCAGUCCGUAUGUUCUGCUUGCACUUAUAUUGCUUUUCAUCAGUAUCCUUUUUAAACCAUUCACAACCAGGUAGAAGUAUUUUAACGGCUGUUCGUCGGAUGGCGCGAAGGCUGAAUCUACCUUUAUCCGGUUUAGCCGUUGUGUUGGACGAACUCAGAUACUUUUUUCCGUCUCUUCCGAAAGAUCCACGGACUGUAAUGAAAACCCCCCGUCGUUGCUGCGUGCGACAGAAGGCCGGUGGAAUGUACAUCCACCUUGGGUUGAAAGCAGGUUUGCUGCAACAGCUCCGUGAGAUCCAGACUACGGUUACUAAUAUCGAAAUUCAAAUUAACGUUGACGGUAUUCGGGCCUAUAACAACUCGCGUACACAAGUGUGGCCUAUACUCUCCCGGAUAAUUUCACCCUUUUUCGGUCAGCCUUUCGUCGUGGGAAUAUACUGUGGUAAGCAAAAACCCAAUGAUGCCCAUCAGCUGAUGUCUGACACGGUCGCUGAGUUGACAGACGUCUUGGCGAACGGUGUCUCCGGGGUUUGCAGUACUCAUACCGUCCGUCUUCAAUGCAUUAUUUGUGAUAGUCCUGCUAGGGCCUUUCUGAAGCAAGUGAAGGGACAUACAGGAUAUUAUGGCUGUGAUUACUGUACACAAAGGGGUGUGCACAUUGGCACACGUAUGACUUUUCCCUCGUUGACAGCUCCCUUGCGUCGUGACUAUGAUUUCCGGACCAGAAAACAAGAGAAGCACCAUAUAGGUCCAAGUCCGAUGGAGGAGUUAAAUUUUCCCAUGAUUGACGGUUUCCCACCAGAUUACAUGCAUAGCGUGUGUCUUGGUUUAGUGCGGAAAUUUCUCAUCUUACUCAGAGCUAUGCCAAUUGGACACAAGGCCAGGCUUUCUUUGGAGUCCUGGAAUCUGCUGAAUGCUAACAUUGAGCAACAGAGUUUGGCUCUGAGUAUUGAUUUCCCCCGAAAAUGUAGAGGUGUCGUAGACCUGGAUCGGUGGAAGGCAUCUGAGCUACGACAGUUUCUUCUGUACAUAGGACCCGUUGUUUUACGAGACAUCUUACAUCCUGACGUUUACGAAUGUUUCAUGCUGUUCACCUUUUUUUCACAACAUUAUGCUAAUUUUUUAAUUGAUGUUUCCAAGGUUGCGGUGUCAAAAUUUGCUGCUAUUUUUGGUCCCAGCCAUUUAGUGUACAACAUACACCUCUUCUCCCAUUUGUUCAAUUUCAUCAAGCUUUAUGGUUGCUUGGAUCGUUUUUCCUGUUUUCCCUAUGAAUCGGAGCUGGGUCAUUUGAAGCAUUACAUACAUGGUCCAAAACCACCGGCCGUUCAGCUUUACCGCCGACUGUCCGAGCGUGUGGGAUUGGAUGCUGUCGAAAGGAAGGUGUUUUUGGAUGAUGUUGGUUUGCGACUGAGGCCAUCGGUCACUGCCGGAUGUCGCAGGUUUAUUCAUAGGGAUGUCGUUUUUUCGAAAAACUUUCCCGACAACUGCAUUUUGCUUGAUGGUCAGCCAGCUGUAAUUGUAGAUUUUUCUAAAGAUACUAUUGUGUACCAGAAAUUCAAAACUGUUCUACCGUUUUACACUCACGUAUUGAUUUCGACGGACGUCUUAGUUUUUCAAUGCUCCGACUUGCAACACACUCGGCUGUUUGCAUCAGUCGACCAAAUAUCUUGUAAAUGCUUAAGUUUUUCCCGCACAGACACUCGUAUAUACUUCCCCAUUUUGCAUACCCUCAUCGAUUAUCGUGCACGUACGAAGUGUAUCGGCAGUGCAGUAAGUUCAUUUUCAGUUAAAAAUGUUCUAGAAACUUUUCCGGAUGCACUGAGUGCUCAGCAGGAAGCCCUUGACUCAGGGCAUACCUCCUCCGCGGAGCAAAACGAUGAACGGCUGGUACGUCAAUCCAGGCAAAAACAGUAUGUUUAUGAAUCGUAUUACAAUGGUUGCAGUGCAAAGAAACGGCUGCCGUCUGAUUUUACAGACGGGUCGGAUCGUGAUUCCAGUGGUGACACCACUUUGUUUGCGAACAUAGUCAUAAGCCCACCAACUCCAAAAAGACUAUGUACCAAUCCGACUGCCACGAUUAGUAGUCUCAUUCCUGUUCGAGACGCGCCACCCGUCCCUCGUGAUGCCCCGAUGAUAUGUGGAACGUACGUUUUAUUUCAUUACCACCAUCAAAUAAUCUAUCAGCAGUUCCACGUGUACAACACUUCCCGCCGUGGGCGAUCCAGCACCACGCAGUUCUACCCCGAUCCCCAGGCCAGCGUAAUUUCCCCGGAUCUGGCCAACCUCAUUCUCAAGAAUUUAGAGAAGAUUUACUCGUCGCUCCAAAGACUGCACAUGAAGAUAGACGCUCUAGUACCCACUAGCAGUUCUGAGGCACUCAACGAGCCCCCUCUUCCGCUUUCAUCCAUGGAUGAUCUCCAAAAGUAUGAGGAACAUCUAAGAGAUGGUCCACGCUAUGCACAGCUGGUGGAAAGGUGGCUCUUGCAGGAGGCUGGCGAUGUACAAGUGUACCUGACCAACGUGCUUACACGGACGUUGGCUCCAAGGCUGGCCGUACUACUCAACUGGCGCGGGAUAAAUGACAAAAAAGCCUUCGGGUCAACCAGGCUCGCCCAGGGACUUAUUUACGCGGCAACUGAGAAAUUUCCGAACACAAAUCCGCGACAAGUAAAGGAAAUCGUUCAUCGCUGGCUGGAGAACGAACGGCAGAAAGUUCGGAAACGCCUGCAGAGAGCCACCAAGAAUGACAAAUGA